GUGAGCAGACGUCACGUAUCAAAUUAAAUUUUAUAAGAUUAGAAAUGGCUCUCUUUAACAAAUUUUUUGGGAUUAAGAAAGAAGUUCCUGCUGCAGCACCGCACACUACUGUGACUGUCACUAAUGAAAUAGCAGAACAUGAUGGGUAUGUCAUUGUACCUACUGCACUAGAAUCGCAUCAACUUCGUCAAGGUCCUCUACCAUAUGCAAUUAGCUCUAAAACUGCUGGCAUCAAACAGGAAAUUGCAGCCAGUAAAGUGUAUGAUGAAAUACCUUUUCAGUUUUCCCCAGCAUACAGUAGGAUGUGGUCAACUGGCACAGCUAUGAAACAUCAUCCUAAAAUACUAAAAGAAAUUGACUGGGACUCGCUCUGUUAUGACUUUACACUAGAGAAAUCUAUUUUACAGUCAUGAAUAUUUUUCUUCGUAGGACAGAUAUGGCAUGAAAUGUUGAUCCAAACACAGCUGUAAAAUCAAAUCAACACUUGUAAUGCCUACUGUAUGUCCAUAAUCAUCUUAUUAAAAUGUCAUCUAUUGCCUGGUCAUUUUUCAGAGCUGUUUUCUGUGAGCUGCAUUAAAAAUAGAAAUUAUUAUGUAUGUACAUAUUGAACUUAUUUAUAUAUAAUUACACUGCUUGGGUAUCCG